AUGCAUAUGUACGUAAACGCUCUUUCCUGUUUCGAGCUCAUCUCUGCUAGAACGUGUUCUUAUAUCUGAUUCAAAAUGUUUUCAAUAUUACCACUUGAGAUUCUAGAUAAAGUUCUCGGGUAUCUAGAUGAAGAUGACCAGCUGAAUUUGGGCCAAGUCAACCAACAGCUUGGACGUGCAUUUGCAUACCACGCUCGAGGAAAAUACAGGAAAAUUUCAUUCUCACAAUUUAAAACUUAUGGUAAUUUGAAAGUUAUUUUGGAAUUGUGCGGAUCCACUGUUAUUGACGUAGAAAUAGGAUUCGAGGGAAAUGCAAUGGAUGUAAUUUUCAAGCUAAUAGCGAAGCACUGUGUUAACCUGGAAACUGCCAGCGUUAAUAUUACGCCUUUAACUUUCAACGCAAGCAAAUACGUGCUAGCCAUGAAAGGGCUGAAAACUAUUACGUUAGAUUUCAAAAUUCCGGAUUAUGAAGAAUCGGAUCUUAUUCAAUACAUUAAUCCUGACUGUAAAGUAUUGAGUGUGGAAAACAUUUCGGUCUAUCAGGCUGAGAAUCUUCGACAACUGAUUAACUUGGAAGAAUUGAGAGUUUGUGAAUUCUAUGACAGCUUCCAAAAUAUUUUUCACAUCGUAUCCGAUUUGAAAAAACUUUGCGUCCUUUGUCUUCGCUUUUGUGUACAGGGCUGUAUAUUGAUUGAGGAAAACUAUUAUUCGGACAAUCAGGCUGAGAACAAAGAAAAAUUUUUUGAAUGUCCAGAGUUGGAAGUAUUAAAAUUUGAUAAUUGCCAUAUUCUGACACCCUUGCCAAAGUGUCCGAAGCUCAAAAUUUUGAAUUUGUUCAAUAGUCAUUUUGAUCCACGUUGGGACUUUGGUGACACCAUUGCAUUAUACCCAAGCACACUGGAGCAUCUGAUGUUAUUCUAUUCUGCUAGGAGCACGUUUGUAAACGAACCUACUGAAAAACAUUUCCUAAAUAUACUCAGAGUGUGUAAAAAGUUGAAGUGUCUUAGUUCUUCUUUGGAUCUUAUAGAGAAUAUUUUAUUAGAUUCUCUGGAUUUUAUUGCCAUAUUAAAGGAAAAUGGGUUUAAUGAGGAGAGACGCUUUGAAAUAAAUUUAUAUAGUUUCCAAAGCAUUCGGGCCAUGAAUAUUGAAGCAGCAAACUACGAAGUGUGGAACCUAAUUACAAUUAAUAAUUUUCUAUUAGAUGAUUUAAAAUAUUAAAUGUAUAAAAGAAUACGCUUGAAUUAAUGUCUCGACCUAUGUAUACCUUAAAUUUCACAAAGAUUUCGCCCAAUCCUACAACCAGUCCCCGCCGCCUGUUCACAUCAUUUUCUCAUUCUACAGAAAUAAAUUUACGGCGAGAAUCAAGAGAAAUCAAU